GCUCGUGCAUCUCCACAUCAGCAGUUGGAGGACGCCUCGCCUGUCAACGUGUAUCAACUCCUCGGGUGGAUUCACCUCCUGGUAAACAUAUCGACAUUUCAUAUUACCUUCAAACCUUCAUAAGACGCCAUGCUACCGAGAGCUUGCCUCGUCUGUGUCAUCGCUGUUGUCUGCGUUACAAUCGCCACAGCACAGUCCUCUGAUCCGGUAGAAAUUCCUCCAGAAGAUGAUAUCAAAUCGCAGUCUAAAGCACUGAUCUCUCAGGUCCGAGAAUUAGUGACAAAAGCGAAAGAAGGAAUAUCACUGGAUAGUCUUCGUCAGGAUGUCCUGGACCUGAAGACCUUCACCUCAAGCCUGCUCCAGCAGGUGCCAAGUGAAAUUUCGGAGUGCGAUAUUCAAACCAUCAUCAAGAUGGCAGCAGCGGCUACCAGAAGUCACGAGGUGUUGCAAGUCUUGCUGGCAAAAGAUGCUGUGAGUUUGCUUGGUGCCCGUCUCGGCCUGUGUCUGGCGACGAUGAGUGAAAUCGCUCAGCAGUUCGAGGGUGAACUGACGCUGUCGUCUGAUGAGGGUCCCUAUCUGACCGCCAUCAUUUUCACUAUCGAUCUCACCAGCAAUGUCAUCGAUACCGCCGACAAAGAUGUGACGGCGAUAGCUCUGCCACCCGACAGCUCGCUCCUCCAGGUCAAUCGCGCGCGACGACAGGGCUUCGACCUCGGUGGCGGUUGGAGUGCGGGGCUGAAUGGCAUCUCCUGGCAAAGCCCGAGUGGCGGUACAGAGUUCAACGUAAAACCAACUUUCAACAACGGAAUCAUCCCAGACGGCUUUAAAGCCGGCUUAAGAUUUAAUUUUUAAAUGAGCUGCAACACUUUUCCCUUCUGAGUAAAGGAAACCGAUCAUGUCCUAAACGUGUACAUGUGUAAGAUCGACCUACAGAAAUUACACAUCUCUUCUACCCGAUUAUUGUGUUCUUUACAGGUCCUUAUGAUCUUUCUUAGUUGUGAUGAGGACUUUAAAGUUCUUUCUGUAGCAUGCCGUCUCCAUGACACCACAGCGUAUACAGCAUUACAGAAAUGUU